AUGUAUCGCAGAUCAAAACAACCAGUUGUACGCAAUGCUAGAGCUUGCACUGUGUGUCGGGCUGCCAAGAUGAAAUGCGUCGGAGCAGAAGACGGUGAAAAACCCUGCCAGCGAUGCAGAAGGACAAACUCAGAAUGUGUGUUCGAAAAACAUCGACGGGGCCGCAAACCAGGUUCGAAGUUGUCCGAAGCAUCCAAGAUGUUGCGACGUCUCGAAAAGGGACUGAACGCUGCGAAGCUUAAGCAAAUUAACGAGACGCCCACCACCCCUGUUUACACCGUCGACUCCCGCUCACCCCAAACUGAUUCUUCUUUCGGCGGCUCAGUGGUCCGUCCCGAUCAAUAUGGCUCGUCAGCAAAGUGUCCCCCCGACGGUGACGAAGAGGAAGACGGCGAUCGGUCCGACGAGAAGUUCCCUGCUAAAAUGAUUCGCAGGGAAAACUCUUUCUUCAAAACCAUACUCAACCCAGAGCACAAGUCCCCCUACCACACCGCCAUACUGCUCCAAGCUGGAAAUGAUCCCAACCACCAGCAGUCGCGUCCUUCAUCGCUUCUCGAUGGAUGUGAUGACCCAAUAACAACAGGACUUAUCACCGAAGAAAAGGCACGAAUCAUUUUCGACCUCAUCAUGUUGCGUCUCAAUCCAUUCAUCAACCUAUUCGACCCGGCAUUGCACUCUGUCGACUACGUUAGAUCCAAAUCCCCAUUCCUGUUCACUGCUCUGAUGAUGGCUGGCUGCAAAUUUUUCGAACCGAACCUUUACAAGGAUUGCCUUCGCCUCGCUCACGAACUGGCUCUUUGUGCAUUCUCGAAAGCAUGGAAAGGAGUCGAGGUGGUCCAGGCAUUCGCAUGUAUGACCUACUGGAGAGAACAAGAAGACAAUUGCACGUGGACGUAUAUUGGUUACGCUUGUCGCAUGGCUGUCGAGCUUGGUCUCAAUCGCUUCGUUGCGAAACCUCCCCCGAACGAAACGGAAUUCCAGCUAAGGGAGCGAAGAAACCGCGAGCGAACGUAUCUUGUCCUAUUCAUCCAUGAUCGAAGUCUUAGUAUACAGACAGGCCGUCAUUGGAUGCUCCCCGAGGACGAGCUUAUAAGGCAUUCGGAUACCUGGCACCUGCAUGGUAGUGCAUCCACUCGUUGCCAUGACGUUGUGGUGGCUGCCUUUGCUCAACUUCGUCGAACAGCGGCUGAGACGACCGACAAACUCACUGGUAGAAGCCUCAACAGUGGUGGCAAUGGACAAGUGGACAUCGACGCGGCGCUAAACACCGCAAAUUACAAGCUUUCGCAAUGGUGGUUGAAAUGGGAACGUGAAAUGCAGAAAGCGAAUGGCGAACCAUUUCACUUCUCCUUUAUCCAUUUCUUUCAGCUCUAUACAUCCCUCUUUUUGAAUAGUUUCGGUGUACAGGACAAUGUCCCUCAAGCGAACCGUAAAAGUAAUCAUUCGAGAGCUCUAUCGGCGUGUUUUGAUCAUGCAAUGAGCGUUCUCCGUAUUGCUUCCAAGGAUUUCAGAGAACUCGGGGUUCUGCAAUAUGGACAAGAAACCGCGACAGUAAUGACAGCAUACUCCGCCAUAAUGUUGUUGAGAGUGAGUCACCCAUAG